AUGCAUCUGUUCUCUCUUUCUCUUUUUCUUCAUACGCCUCUCUCUUUCUUCUUUUACUCUUUUCCCUUGCUUUCUUCCUCAUUCCUCCUGCCCUCUCCUUUUCUUUCUUUCUUUCUUUCCAAUUCAUUAUUUCAUUGCAAUUCUACUUCCUUCCUUCCUUCCUUCCUUCCUUCCUAUCUUCCUUCCUUCAUUCAUUCAUUCAUUCAUACUUUCUUUCUUUCUUUUUUCUCUCUGUCUGUCUUUCCAAUUAUAUUUUUCUUUCAUUCUUUCUUUGCAAUUCUGCUUUUCUUCCUUUCUUUCAUCCUUUUUUCUAAUUCUGUUUUUAUUUCUUUCUUUUUAAUUUCUUUCUUUCUUUCUAAUACUCUUUCUCUUUCAAUCAUUUUUCCAUCUUUACCGUACUCUGUCAUUAUCUCUUUCGUUCUUUCUUUCUUUGUUUUCUUUCUUUCUUCACAAUUCUGCUUUUCUUUCACUCUUUACCCCUUUACUAUUACUGACCAUGUUCCUCUACUAUUUUUAUCGUACUCUCUCAUUCUUUCUUUCUUUCUUUCUUUCUUUCUUUCUUUUCCCUUUACUACUACUGACCAUCUUUACUUUCUCUACCAGUUUUUAUCGUACUCUCUCAUUCUUUCUUUCUUUCUUUCUUUCUUUCUUUCUUUCUUUCUUUUCCCCUUUACUACUACUGACCAUCUUUACUCCUUCCUCUACCAGUUUUUAUCGUACUCUUUCUUUUUUUCUUUCUUUCUUCCACUCUUUUUCUCUUUACUGUUACUGAUCAUCUUUACCCCUUCACCUACCAGUCUUUACCGUACUCUCACAUUACCUUUCUUUCUUUCUUUCUUUCUUUCUUUCUUUCUUUCUUUCUUUCUUUCUUUCUUUCUCUACAAUUCUACUUUUCUUUCACUCUUUUCCCCUUUACUAUUACUGACCAUCUUUACUCCUUCCUCUACUAGUUUUCAUCGUACUCUCUCAUUAUCUCUUUCUUUCUUUCUUUUUAAUUCUUUCUUUCUUUCUUUCUUUCCAAUUCUGCUUUUCUUUUUUGCUUUCUUUCUUUCUUUCUUUAUUUCUUUCUUUCUUUCUUUCUUUCUUUCCAAUUCUGCUUUCCUUUCUUUCUUUUCCCCUUUACUACUACUGACCAUCUUUACUCCUUCCUCUACCUGUCUUUACCUUACUUCCUCAUUAUCUCCUUCCUUUUCGCUCUUUCCUUCGUUCGUCUUUCUCUUAUUGCUUUCUGUCAAAUUAAACUCAAUCAUUCUUCUAUCGUUCGUAUCAGAUCUUUCACAAUUCCCUCACUUUAUUUCUUCUUUUUUCUUCUUCUUCUUCAUUUUCAUCCUUCAGCCACCAGCACUUUUUCUCUCACACACCCUACAUGUACCCCUGCCCAGAGCAAUGAGCACUUGUGUGUCUUUUCCAUUAGUAACCAAACCCAUUCCCUAUCCUCUCUUACCGCCCCAGCCACUAAUCUCAGCCACACGGCUCUCCGCGCAUUCUUCUCUCUCUCUGUCUCUGUCCCUCUCUGUCUCUCUCUCUCUCUCUCUCUCUCUCUCUCUCUCUCUGAAUUACCUUAACAUCUUUAUUUCUUCGUACCUAUCCGUUUCAGCUCUCUCUCUCUCUCUCUCUCUCUCUCUCUCUCUCUCUCUCUCUCUCUCUGCGCGCGCACAUUAUCUCGUCUUUUCCGUGCCUCUGUGGCUCUAUCCCGGACUAUCUGCACCUCUCUGCGAGUCAAUCACGAGCUGUCUGUACACUUCUGCGAGCUCAUCUGGGAUUGUCUCUAUCUUUCUGCAAGUCAUUUUCAGAAUGUCCGUACCUUUCCGUGGGCCGAUCUCGUAUGGUUCGUAUCUCUCCACAAUUCUCUCUCGCCCUGACCACUGUUUUGGCCCGUCCACACCACGCAACAAGCCUCUCUCAUCUCAUCCAUACCACGUUUGUCUCCCUUGGCAAGUCCGUUCCUCUUUGAGAGCCUGUAUCUUCUCGUUUGUACGUCUCCGCGGCCCUCCCACUAUCUGUCCAAACCUCACAGUGAACCUCAAGCCCAUGUCUCUCCACGAGCCUCUCUGGACUUAUCAAUACCUCUCCGCGAUUCUCACGUUUUGCCCGUUUCUCGCCGAGAACCUGCUCGUAUUUCUUUGUAACGCUUUCUCGACCCGUCAGCACCACUGCGAUCCUCUCUCUUCAUGUCCCAACAUCUUUGGGAACCUUUCUUGUCCUAUCUGUAUCACAUUGCGAGCCUCCCUUGCCCUGCGAGAGGCUCGCAAAGAGGUACUCUUUACAAGCCUCUCUCGACCAGCCAGUGCCUCUUCUGUCGCCCUGUCCGUAUUUUACGAAAUUCUCUCGUCUUGUCCGUACCUCUUUGCGAGCCUCCUCCAACUCGUCAGUACCUCUCCGCGAUGCUUCUUUCAAUCCGGCCGUACAUCUUUGUGCGCCUCUCUCGUCCUUAUCUCUCUGCGGGACUCACUUGUUCUGACCCUACCUCUCUGCGGGACUCUCUCGUCUUGUUCCUACUUCUUCUCGAGUCUCUCUCAGUCCGUUAGUACCUCUUUCAUCGUGACCAUACCUCUCCAUGUGUCUUUCUUGUCACAACUUCCAAUUCCAAUCUCCCGAUCUCGAUUCCACUCUCUUUUUGUCAGUACCGCUCCGAGAUCCUCUCUUGAUCCGGCCGUACAUCUUUGUGCCCUCCUCGUUUCAUUUGUGCCUCUCUGUGAGCCUUUCUCAGCCUGUCCUUAG